CCGUCAUACUAUGACUUCAUAUACAUUUCGGACGCGCCUUACGUACAAAUUUGUGUUAAAUCUCCAUUGUAAACCGAGAUACCGUUGCACCACAAGGAACCUUUGUUCCGCUUCCUUUUCAUAUCGGACACAUAUGUUUUCCGGACAUCUCUGCACUUCCGCCCCUCAUGAUACCGGAGAGAAGUUCUGACAGCUGAGGCUCUACUCAGUUUAUUCCCCCACCCUAACACCCUCCUAAAUCCCAUUUUAUCACCGUUUACUGUCGCGUGGGCCUCUGUUAAUCACCGAGCAGAGUUUCGGCGAGCAAGGUUGUCUGAUUAUGGUGUAACACGGACUGCCAGCUCAGAGAUUUCAGGUGUUCAGGGCGGGGCAGCGCGUAGCGGAGCGCCGCUGUAGCUAUGCUGACAUUGGCCAGUAAGCUGAAGAGGAAUGACGGAGGACAAACGGGCCGAGCUGGCGGUGCCUCGGACGCCACUCACAGGGUCUCCAUCAGGGACCGUCUCCUUACCAAAGAAGUCGCUGAACUUGAAGCCAAUCUUCCUAGUACAUGCAAAGCCAAUUUCCCAGACGAGGACAAGCUGCACCAUUUUCAGCUGGCAGUGUCUCCUGAUGAAGGUUACUACCAAAGUGGCAGAUUUCAGUUUGAAAUUAAUGUCCCCGAAGCCUAUAACAUGGUGCCUCCAAAAGUGAGAUGUCUAACCAGAAUAUGGCAUCCAAAUAUCACCGAGAGUGGAGAAAUAUGCCUAAGCCUAUUGCGUGAACAUUCGAUAGACGGCACAGGUUGGGCCCCCACCAGAACAUUAAAGGAUGUGGUCUGGGGAUUGAACUCGUUAUUCACAGACUUGUUGAAUUUUGAUGACCCGUUGAACAUUGAUGCGGCAGAACAUCAUUUGAGAGACAAGGAGGAUUUUCGAAACAAAGUUCAAGAUUACAUCAAGCACUAUGCCAGAUGAUAGACGCAUCAGACAACACCAAGUUUGCUGCCAAGCCGCUCCGCCUUUGCCUCAGCUUCUCUCUCGAGUCCACACUGAAUCAGCAGACGGACGUCUUUCGGGUCGCGCGCUGUUCACCUUUUCGCAAUAAACCUCAACAUAAACCGACAUGGAACACACAUAAUGAGCAAGGGCGUGCAGCAUGAUGCUUUUAUUACUCUUUCAGUGGGGAUGGCUGCCUGCUCGACACUUAAGACAGGCGACGGCCAGCCAGAGAGCCAGUGCAACUGAAGUCCUUUUUUUUUUUUUUUUUUUUUUAAGUGAAUAGAGUAAUUAAGAGAAGGUUUAUAUCGGCGCGUUCUCCGUUCCAGUGCCUGCAGUGGUUGUGUUGGGAGACAGAAAAAUGCAUGCCAGUUGACAUGUUAUCAGAACACGUUUGUGGACACCGUACGUGAUACUUGAUGAUCCCACGAGACAGCGUUUGAAUGAUCAGCACCAUAUCGUCCUCAUUCACAUACAAACAUGCUUAAAGGAUCCUUUGUUUUUUACCCUUAUGUGCAACAUUGGAGACUUUCACCUCGUUGUCUCUUGUCUCACGCACACUGACAAAAUGUAUCGUUUUGGAGAUGAUGAAACAAUAGAGGUUGCGUUAAGUCAAUUUUGAAUCCACAAUAGACCUAAAGAAAGCAAAAUAGCCUAAUGAAAACUUUAACGUUGAGCUUUUUUCUGUGAGUUUUUCACAUUUACGAUUGUUACCCAUAUUUUUUUGUGCCGUAUUUGAAAACAAGGAAACGGAAAUGCUUAACAAAGAAUGUCAAUUGAUUCAAACUUUGCUGAUUACUACAUGCUGAAAGACACAAAUGUAAAGAAAAAUUGUGACUACGAUAAAAAAUACGAAAUGCCAUUAUGCUAUUAGGUGAACCAAUAUUAUUUUUUGUCAUUUAAACAUCCAAGGAUUUUUACUACUACGUUCGGGACUGGUGCGUUCCAACUACCGUACAAAUGCAUUUUACGAAACUCAUCAAUACAGUAUUGUGCACUUAAAUUUUCUUCGCUUUUUUUUUACUGAAGAAAAUCAACGUUGUGCCCCGCCACUUGCUACAAAUUAAAAAAAAAUUUGAAGUGUCAUUGUAGGAUUACAGAGGAUGCAUUUGUACUUAGUUUUUAAAAAAAGGGUACGUUUUUAGAUGUAUUUGAGAUUUUUUUUUUUUUUUGGUUUUGUUUUUUUUGCCACAACUCGUUAGAAAAAAGUUCAAGUUCAAGUUAGUCUUUUUGAAUUGUGUAUUAGUUUCAAAUCAAUUAACGAGUGCACCCAAACCACCAAAAUGCCCACCGCACCACACCUUUAACACCAAAGUUACUCCACUGGAUCAAAGUUUGAGUACCGUUAUUUAGUGGAUCAUUUUGACAUAUGUACACAGUAAGAUUUUAACAGCUCUUGAGUUCACACUCUGAACUGUAACACAAAUAGCCGAUAAAUCCGAAUGCUUUCUUAGGUGUUGACUACAGUUCUAAUUUGCAACCUGUUCAUUUGCGCAAAUGGUGCUUUACUGUGACUAAAUAGACAAAUGCUUUUAUAACCUGGCGGGUAAAAAUAUUCAAGUGUGUGUGUGUACAGAUGUGUCAAAUGCUAAGCAUCCGUCAGCAGUGUCGCGCCUCCAACCUGUCCUUAACUUAAAUUGUCAAGGCUACUUUCACCACCCAAUCACAUCAGCUUUGUGUUUACAUGCCUGCAUGUGGCAAACUGAGUUGGUAGCCGCGCAUUUCGCAACGUACGGGAUGUCAGAAACCUGUUCAAAAGGUUCACCUCAAGUGUAGACAGUGUUAAAGCAAUCUGAACCAACAAUUUGUCAUUCAAAAGAGAAUUUUAGCAAUUUAAGUGAGUUACCAGGUGUCAAAAAUUCAAAGUACACAAUGUAGCCUUUCUUUGUCAGUCUCUUUUGUCAGUGUGACUUACUGUUUAUUGGCCAUGUUAAAAACAAAACAGCAUAGAUCAUUGUAUUGCUUUCUAGAGUAUAAAUCACAUCGCUAGCUAUAGCUUAUAAAAUAUAAGUGCUGGUUUUGUGUUUUUGUGAUGGUCUUGCUAGUGACACUAGAAACCAGUCACGACCUAGCAUCAGUGAGACCAACAAGAAAAAAUCCAGCAUGGUGUGUCAUAUAAAUGAAGUCAGAAUUUACUUUAAUACCUUGCACAGGGACUGCUGUUUGGUGUCACCAGAUGCAAGCUGGGAAAUGGUUGCAUGUUACUCUUUUUGGAUAACUAGCACAGUGGGUAGAACAGGUUGUCAAGUAGCUGAAAGUUCAUUGGUUCUGCUUGUCAGAAGGCCCCUCGUGCAAGACAAUCAACCCUAAUUGCCAACAAGAUGCUCAAAUGACACCAAAACCAGCACUUGUAUUAUUUUAUACAAUAUAUAGCUGUACUGGGGUAAUUUUGUACCAGACGAAAUCGUCAGAUAAAACAAUGUGAUUGGUUUCGCAUCUGUUUCAAGCGCUACUAAUUUAAAGUGCAACUUUCUGUUUAGAAACAAAACCAAAAAAAAGUCAAUUUUUAUAAUCUGUCCCCUUAUAAGUCGGAACAUUAAAAAUGAGACUUAAACACAGCCAAAAUAAAUGUUGGUGAUUUUCCAGGUGGGGCAAUGUGAUCAACAGCCGGCUCAGUAUUUGUUUAAGCCAUAUUAACGCUCCAAUGUUGCAAUGCAUGUUUUCACUUGACGCUGUGUGGUGUGCUGUUUAAUUUCCGAUGCUGCUGUUAAAGAAAACGUGUCUGCAUGAGGUCUCUCUAAACCAGGAGAGAAUUGAGAUUGAUAACUGGUUGGUCCUUCAAAAUCCUCAACCCUCUCUAAGAUUGUAUAUCCGUUUUUUUUUUUAAAUAAAGAAAAUACAAACCAUCGGGUUCUCAUUGAAA